CUCCCCAGGAGGCGGAGCUUCAAAGGUUGACCCUUCGCAGAGCAGCAUGGCGGCGGCCUUGAGGAGCGUGAAGGGCAUGGUUGGCUUUGUGACUGGUGGGGCUUCUGGCCUGGGCCGUGCCACAGCGGAACGAUUAGUACAACAGGGAGGCAGUGCUGUGAUUGUGGACCUGCCAAAGUCUGAUGGUGAGAGCGUGGCCAAGUCACUGGGAGACAGAUGCAUCUUUACUCCAGCUGAUGUGGUCUCAGAGUUAGAUGUGAAGGCUGCACUGGCCACAGCGAAGGAGAAAUUUGGACAUAUAGAUAUGGCAGUGAACUGUGCUGGGAUUGCAGUGGCGUUCAAGACAUACAAUAUGCAUAAGGCUCAUGCUCAUAGUUUGGAGGACUUCCAAAGAGUUAUCAAUGUCAAUGUUGUUGGGACAUUCAAUGUGAUCCGUCUGAUUGCAAGUGUGAUGAGUGAAAAUGAGCCAAACUCAGAUGGACAGAGAGGCGUGAUCAUCAACACUGCCAGUGUGGCUGCCUAUGACGGCCAGGUGGGACAGGCCGCCUAUUCGGCUUCCAAAGGAGGCAUUGUAUCAAUGACACUGCCCAUCGCCCGAGAUCUUGCCCCUCUUGGAGUCCGUGUUGUUACCAUUGCACCAGGCCUCUUUGAGACACCUCUACUGGGAUCGCUUCCUGAAAAAGUUCGAACAUUCCUGGCACGACAGGUGCCCUUCCCAAGUCGCCUUGGGGCUCCAGAAGAAUUUGCUCACCUGGUACAAUGCAUAGCAGAGAAUCCUAUGCUAAACGGUGAAGUGAUACGGCUUGACGGGGCUAUCCGAAUGCAGCCCUGAGCUGUAGCCUGGGCCUGCAAGAACAAGAAAGCUUGUUCUCCUUGGACCAUAAUCACAGUACUGAAAUCUAGGUCAGCAAAAGAAAUGAUUAACAUCUGGUUCUAAAUAAAUAAAUGAUUAGAUACUGUUCUUUUCUUUCACUUGCUGUACAGGCUUCACCAUUACUAGUAACCAUACUGAAAACCAUACUUUCUAGGCAUCUCCAGCCUCUUUUAACAGCUCUUCCACAGUCUUCCCUCUAAUUCUGAAAUACAGAGGCAAUUGUUUCUGGCUAAGGUCACAUAUUGUGAUAAUUGUGUUUCUGGCUAAGGUCACAAAUUGUGAUAAUCAUGAUUUACCAUGGUUUAUUGAAUCAACCACAAAUGGCUGGGUAUGGACAAAAGGCUAUGCUGUAAACCAUGGUUUGAAACAGUUGCUGGUUUCAACAAUCACCUUAUGACUUUAACACAUAAGUCUGUUGGGGUCAAGAUGUAUAUCUCUCCUCUCACUGCAUUUCUGUAUUUUGGUCAACCUGGCCCUCACCAU